AUGCGCGUCACUCCCGACUUGGUCCUUGGCCUGGCAGCCCAAGUUCCUCUGUCAUCUCUUGACAGAGCGCAGCAACAUGACACCGCAUUCGAUAACGACUCUACGGUUCAUGCAAGCCGCGCGUUCACACCGAAGGACUUGUUGCAACAGCCGACCGUAGGCACGGGCAUCCCGAACCCAUCUGGGACGCUGCUAUUCGUACCCUACAGCCAAUUCUCUCUCGAUACCGAUACGGCGUCCCAUACCUUACACAUCCACUCUGUAGACGCCCUGAAACCGCGAGAGUACCUGCACGAGAUCAUCCUUCCCACUGCUGGUGAUGCGUUUUGGUACGACGAUUCUACUCUCAUCACCACGAUACCGGACGCCACGGACCGGACGACGUCCCUGUACGCUUCUUACUUCUCUCAGGAUGGUCGUCCUGAGAACGUGGCUUCAACCUCGUCCGGAGUAGGCGAACUUAUUGGUGUGCUACCGACAGACAGCGCGGCAAACUUCCACUACUCUUCAGCUUCGCAUCAUCUGGUCUUCUCGGCGCGGAUCUUCGCUGAUGGCGAUUUGGCUUCUGCUGUGCAACAAGAGCGCGCAUGGAAGGGACGCAAAGAUUCAGCCAGGGCAUAUGAUGGGCAUGACUACCUGCGCUUCUGGGACCAGUACAGCGAUCCCAGUCAUUCCUCUUUGUUCUCGACGUCGCUGUCUGCAUACGGUGGCAGAUGGCGACUUGGCGACACGUACGUGAACUUGCUCAACGGAACAGCGCAUAAAACACCACCUUUGGACGGACUUGGCGCCGCGUUUGAUGUAUGGGGAUCACAGGUCGUGUAUGUGACCAAAGCUCCCGACCUUCGUGAACCCUUUCACAGCAAGAAGAAUGUUUACCUGAUAGACAUCGACGGUCGUUCGAGGCCUCGGGAGCUCACGUCAGGCGCCCGUGGAGAGGCUUUCAACCCAGUAUUCAGCCCAGACGGGAACCUCAUCGCGUGGUUAGAGCAACCUGAGGAUGCAGCUGUUGCUAGCAAACGCUAUGUCGUUCUGUACAACAUCAAGGCAGAAACACGCCUAAAGCUCUUACAAGAGUGGGAUCGCUCACCGGAAGCCAUGACUUUCUCAGCGGACUCGACGAUGCUAUAUCUCGAAGCCUUCGACGUGGCUCGCGUCAAAGCCUUCGCCUAUCCUCUGUAUGAUACACCCAGCACUACAGCUCCAGUAGCCCUCACUCGUAACGGACAUGCUUCCGGUCUUCAACCUCUUUCCAACGGGCGUUUGAUCUACACUCAUCGCACCCUGACUAGUCCCGGGAGCAUCAUUCUACUGAACAACAUACACGCCGCUUUGUCCGAUAUGUCUAUGAUUACGGCUCGAGAAGUGAUGCAGCCAUCAGCUUCUUCCUUCACUGCCCCUCACAUCUACGCGGCUAUGGAGGAGUUCUGGUUCGACGGGUAUGCGCGGAAGAUACACGGGUUCGUGCUGAAGCCGAGGGGAUGGAGUCCUGAUACCGCCAACAAGUCCUGGCCAGUCGCGCUACUCAUACACGGAGGUCCGGAAGGAAUGUGGGGCGACUCCUGGUCUGUGCCUUUCAACGCGCACGUCUACUCUCAGCGAGGGUAUUUUGUCGUCGUCAUCAAUUUCACAGGCUCAUCCUCGUUUGGACAAGCAUAUAGUGAAGCCAUAUAUGGCGAUUGGGGAGGAGCGCCUCUUCAUGACAUCGUGAACGGUCUGAAACACGUUUACGGAGAAUACCCGGAGAUCGACCCCAAGCGCAGUGUGGCAGUCGGCUUGAGCUACGGCGGCUAUAUGGUCAACUUGCUCCAAGGCCGCGCGCGCGAGCUGGGUAUCGAGUUCGCAGCAUUGGCCAGCAUGGAUGGUAUCUUCAGCACAGAGUACCUCGCAUACACGAUUGAUCUGCUUUUCUUCAUGCGCAAAGAGUGGCUCGCUUGGCCAUGGGAGAAUCAAACCGAGUCUACAUAUGGGAACUUCAGUCCGCACAAGUUCGUGCACAACUGGCAAGUGCCACAGUUGAUCAUACACGGAGACAAAGACUUCCGCGUGCCCGUCACGGAGGGUAUCGCUACCUUCAACGCGUUACAACAACGCGGUGUUGAAAGCCGACUCCUCAUCUUCGACAACGAACCUCAUGUCUUCACGAACCCGCACAAUAUUCUUAUCUACUACGAAGAGAUCUUUGAGUGGUUUGAGCGCUUUGCGGGGAGCAGGAUGAGGGUUCUUUCUUAA